AUGAGCCAAGUGUUUUCAAUGCUUUCUUCCCUGCUGCUUGCGCUGACAGCAAUGGUGACAAAAUGUCACUGCGACGACUGCGACCCCACCGAGAUCGAAAAGUAUUUCGAGGAGCCUCCCGAUGCGUGGAAGACGCUCCAUGAUAUAUUUUAUCUCGUGUAUCACUCAAACAAAAUUGAAUUCGAUAAAGAUCAUUUUUGUUUGGGUGCACUCAGAAAUACAAUUAACUCUCAAGAGAAAAAAGCACAGUACAUAUUUUAUUACUGGAAUGAUUCACAAAGAGUAACAGGAUUUGUAAAUGUGGAAGCUCGAAAGAGCGACAAAGCAUAUGAAAAGGAAAAUUAUUUUCUUGUGGAUGAUUCAACGGAAGCACGUCCUGCUAAACAAUCAAGUGGAAAAAGGGAAGAAAAGAUUUACCAGUUGCUUUUCACCGACUACAAAUCAUGUGCUGUUCUGAAAUCUGCAUACUUGGGAGUUCAAGUAUGGGUAACGCAUACCUACUUGAAAACUCACAAUGAUGUGCCAUAUGGAUGUUCCUUGGCUUAUGAUUUGAUAGCCGACCAAAACAAAACCAUCGCGUAUGACUGGAAAAAAUGUGGUGUUUUUAAGCAUACCGAGCUAUAG